GACUUGCAUAAUAAAAAUUCCCAAUAGUUAGUCCUCCAUAUUCAAAGGGAGGUGGAAGGUGGUUUCUUUUUUGGGUACAUGUCCCACCACCCUUGGUCUUUACACUAUAAUUAACCACCAAACCUUGUACCCUCUCCUUCCUUCUCCAUUUUCUUGUCUUUUCUUUUUUAUUCUUAAUUUUCUCUCUUCAAAUUACCCAAAACUUACAAAAUAAAUAUGAAUAAUCAUAAUAUUAAUAAUCCCAAAAAGAUCCUAACUUGCACACAUGUUCUUCUCCUAUUUGUUCUUUUCUUGGGCUGGACUUUUUGGCCCACCCAAGCUUACCACACAUUCGGGUUUCAAGUCCACCAUAGAUUCUCGGAUCCAGUUAAUCGGAUUCUAGACGUCGGUGAUAAGUUACCGGUUAAGGGCUCAACCGGUUACUUCGCCGCCUUAGCUCAACGUGAUCUCGCCGUUCAUGGCCGCCGGCUAUCGUCUACUUCCGGUGACUCUCAUACUCCUCUUACCUUCUCCUCCGGUAACACAACUUAUCGCAUCAGCUUCUUCGGAUUCUUACAUUAUGCAAACGUAACGGUGGGGACACCGGGAUUAUCGUUUCUGGUGGCGUUAGACACCGGAAGUGACCUGUUUUGGCUACCUUGUGACUGUAUUAAGUGUGUCAAGGGAGUCAAACUUAACUCUGAUGAGCUAGACUUCAGCAUCUACAGCCUCAAUACAUCGUCUUCGGGGUCAAAAAUUCCUUGCAACAGUCCUCUGUGUGCACAUAAAACCACCUGUCCAGUUUCACCCAGCAUGUGUCCCUACAGAGUCAUGUAUCUCUCUUCUAACACAUCUUCUUCUGGAUACAUAGUAGAGGAUGUUUUGCAUCUUACCGCCGAUGAUAAUCCUUCUAAGCCUGUUGAUGCAAAAAUUCCUUUUGGUUGCGGCAAGGUUGAGACUGGUUCAUUUUUGGAUGGUGGAGCUCCCAAUGGUUUACUUGGGCUUGGUCUGGAUAGUAUAUCGGUGCCCAGUAUGUUAUCAAGUCAGAAAAUUGCUGCAAAUUCUUUCUCCAUGUGUUUUGGAGAUAAUGGGUUGGGAAGAAUCACAUUUGGUGAUACGGGCAGCUCGGAUCAAAGUAAAACCCCAUUCAACCUUAGAAAGAUAAAUCCGCAUUACAAUGUUAGCAUAUCGCAGAUUAGCGUGGAAGCAAAAGUCUUUCACGUCGAUGGUCUUUAUGCAAUUUUCGAUACUGGCACUUCAUUCACCUACCUAAAUGAACCAGUUUACUCACUAAUCGCUAAACAAUUUGAUGCUCACAUAAAAGAUAGGAGGGACACUUCUCAAUCUGAAGACAUCCCUUUCAAGUACUGCUACGAUUUGAGCUCAAGCCAAAACGGCCCAAAAAUACCUUCUAUCAAUUUGACAAUGGAUGGUGGAGACCAAUUUUAUGUUACUGAUCCUACAGUUACAGUUUCUGUUAUGACUGGAGACAUAUAUUGCUUGGGAAUUGUCAAAAGUGAAGACGUAAAUAUCAUUGGCCAAAACUUCAUGACCGGCUAUCGUGUAGUAUUUGAUCGUGAAAAUAUGGUGUUGGGAUGGAAGGCAACAAACUGUAACGAAGCACUGGAGUCAAGCAUGCUGCCUAUAAGCCCUGAGAGUCCCCAUCCCGUUCCUCCAAUAUCUUCCAUUGAACCUCAAGCUGUACAACAAAAUGGUUCUCAUAUUUCCGCGGCUUCAUCAACUUUGAGACAUAAUUUAUCUCAUUUUAACUUCUGGACUAACACACUCAUACUGUCUUUGCUUCUAGUUUUAUCAAUUCUUUGGUAAAUUAGUUUCCCACGGGAGUGCCUGAUAGUCUUAGAUUAUUAUUGAUUGGUUUAUGCAUUACAUUUGGAAGGCAUAGAUCAUGACAUAUUCCAGCCAGCCCGUCGCCCAUUUCUAGCUGUAGUUCCAGUUUUGUUUAGCCCCUGAAUUAUUUUUCCUCGAGGCCAUUUUUUGAGCCUGGUAUUGUAUAAUGUAUAUACUUCGUAUAAUUUAGCUACAGAAAUUGCAUUGUAUAUUAUAUAAUGUGCUAUUUGCACACCUAUAGUAUCAGAUUCUGUCACUCAAUC